UCGGGGGACGAGCCCCUGAGCAAGCGGAUCGCGGACGUGGUGACCCCGCUGUGGAACGUGCCCUACGAGGAGCAGCUGGCACAGAAGCUGCAGGAGUGCGAGCAAGUGCUGCAGAAGCUGACAAAGGAAAUAGGAAAUAACAACAGAGCUUUAUUACCUUGGUUGUUCCUGCAGAAGCAGAAGUUUAAUAAAUUGUGUUGCCCGGUGGAGGGAGUGAAAGCGUCACCAUUACAGACUGAAUAUCGCAACAAAUGUGAGUUCUUGAUUGGGAUUGGUGUAAAUCAAGAAGACAAAACUGUGGGUUGUCGUCUUGGCAAAUAUAAGGGUGGUACAUGUGCUGUAGUGGAGCCAUUUGAUACUGUUCACAUUCCUGCUAUUGCCAAAAAAGUAGUAAAAGCUUUCCAAGACUUCAUAAGGUCAACUCCCUACUCUGUUUACAGCCCCGAGACCUACGAGGGGCACUGGAAGCAGCUCACUGUGCGCACCAGCAGGAGCGGCCACCUCAUGGCCAUCGCCUACUUCAACCCCCAGAAAUUAGGUAAGGAAGAGCUCACUGACCUGAAAAGCUCUCUGGCAAAAUACUUCACAGAAGGGCUGGGACGGAGCAGUGGUGUCACCUCUCUGUACUUCGUGGAGGAAGGACAAAGGAAAUCUCCCAACCUCGAAGACUUGCCUUUGGAGCAUGUGGCUGGUGACAAGUACAUAUAUGAAGAACUUCUUGGCCUAAAAUUUAGAAUUUCUCCUCAUGCAUUUUUUCAGGUGAACACGGCGGCUGCAGAGGUUCUGUACGCGGCCAUCGGGGACUGGGCCCAGCUGAGCCCCGACAGCACCGUGCUGGACAUCUGCUGUGGCACAGGAACCAUCGGCAUCUCCCUGGCCAAGAAAGUGAAGAAGGUGAUUGGAAUUGAGCUGUGCCAAGAAGCUGUGCAGGAUGCCAAAGCCAAUGCCCAGAUCAAUGAACUGAACAAUAUUGAAUUUUACUGUGGGAAGGCAGAAGAUGUUGUCCCUUCCCUGAUGAACGUCUUGGCUCCUCAGAACCUGGUCACUAUUGUGGAUCCCCCCCGAGCAGGGCUGCAUUCCAAGGUAAUUCUUGCCAUUAGAAGAGCUGAACAUCUGAAGAAGCUCAUUUAUGUCUCCUGCAAUCCCAGAGCCGCGAUGAACAACUUUGUAGACCUUUGCCGGGCCCCGUCCAACAGGGUGAAAGGAGCCUCCUUCCGCCCCGUGCGAGCCAUGGCCGUGGAUCUGUUCCCCCAGACCAGGCACUGUGAGUUACUGCUCUGCUUCGAGCGCGUGCAAUACCCCAAUGGCAGCUCAGCAGCAGCUCAGCCCACGGCAGGAGGGGGCCCCUCAGGGAGCCAGGCAGCUGCUGGCCAUGGAGAGUCACCCUGACUCAGAGACACUGCACAAACCACUGCCUGGCCAGCUGCGUCCAUAACAUCGUGUCUGUAACAUCCAGGGAAUAAAUCUCUGUACAGCAGAGUAGGUGCAAGGCUUUGAGUUCUUUUAUCAUACUCAUGAAUUAAAUUUCAUUGUUGUAGAACCACAGAAUGGUUUGUUUUGGAAAGGACCUUAAAGAUCAUCUCAUACCAAGCCCCCUGCCAUGGGCAAGGACACCUUCCACUAGACCAGGUUGCUCAGAGCCCCAUCCAACCUGGCCUUGGACACUUCCAGAGAUGGGGCAUUAGGUACUAUUAAGCCCCAAAUCUACUUUUCUCCUCAUGCCCACAGUGGUCUCCCUCUUUGAAGUGGCUUUAAAUAAAGUAUUCCACAACUCUAUGCAGAUACAA